AAUUUUGACAUUCGGCCACACUGCACUUGUGUCGUUCGGCCACACUGUCGGCUAAAAGAAGAGUCAUAGGGAAAAUAUACACAGAAAAAAGUAAAGUGCGUUUCAGUACGUUUUCCUGGUCAUCGAACAGCCAAACCCCAAAGUAGAACCCAUGUCCGGCUCCGGUCUCGACGAGAAUCCCUUCGGGGAGCCCAACCUGGACAAUCCGUUUGCGGAUCCCGCCAUCCAACAGGCACGGACGUUUCGGGGCGGCGCCGCCCUCGUCUCUCUGGAGGAUUACAACCCCUUCGAGGAGCAGGCCAAGCCGCAGCUGCAAAUCAACUCGACCAACACGGCGGCGGUGGUGCAGCCGCUGUCGCAAAACAUUCCGCCCCCGCAGACCAGUUCGCUGGGCGCCUCGGCGCCGAGCACCAGCAUACAGAUCACCUCGGAGGAGCUGCAGCGCCGGCAGGAGGAACUGGACCGCAAGGCCGCUGAGCUGGACCGCCGCGAGCAGCAGCUGCAGGGAGGCAACGUGCCCCAACUGAACAACUGGCCACCGCUGCCGGACAACUUCUGUGUGAAGCCGUGCUUCUACCAGGACUUCGAAGUGGAGAUUCCGCCCGAGUUCCAGAAACUGGUCAAGCGAUUGUACUACAUUUGGAUCUUUUACACCAUGACGUUGUUGGCCAACGUGAUCGGAGGUCUAAUUUUGCUGUUCCAUGCUGGCGAAUUUGAGACCUUCUUCCUGGCUAUCUUCUACACGAUGCUCUUCUCACCCGCCUCGUAUGUCUGCUGGUUCCGACCGGCGUACAAGGCAUUCCGCAACGACUCGAGCUUCAACUUCAUGGUCUUCUUCUUCAUCUACUUCUUUCAAACGUUGUACACUAUUGUGCAGACGGUGGGCUUCAGCAAGAUGGGCUAUUGCGGCUUCAUCACGGCCAUCGGGCAGUUCGAUGGCAAAGCGUCGGGCAUUAUCGUCGGCAUUCUGCUGCUGUGCGUUUCCUUCUGCUUCGCAGCGGUGGCCGUGGCCAAUGUGCUGAUGAUCACCAAGAUUCACUCCAUCUACCGCAGCACAGGGGCCAGCAUGGCCAAGGCCCAGGCGGAGUUCACCACCGAGUUUCUGCGCAAUCAGCAUGUCCAGGAGGCGGCCUCCUCGGCCGUUAACACGGCCAUCAACUCGCAGUUCAACAACAGCAGGUACUAAGGAGACUGUGCCUCCCGAGGAUCUGAUCAAAUCAAAAGGAAAAUCAAUCAAUCAACCACGAACUCAAGCACUCAUCCUGCUAAACUCGGACAAAAAGAGAUGGGUAACCGCGCCAGAGAGAGGGAGAUGGAAAAGGAACAUUUAAUAAACAUUGAAUUAGCUUGAAAAUAUAAGCAAAGAAAAACACGAAACUAAAGCAAGCAUUGGAGCAUGGAACUAAUAACUAUUUGCUUUUGUGCAUAAACAAUUCCUAGAAUGCCGUCGUCUUUAUUACAAAUAAUUAAUGUAAUGAUAACACACAAAAACACACAAUGCAUUAACAAUAUUUAUAAACAGACCGAAACUGAACUUAGAACUUAAACUGAAACUAAAAAAAAAAAGAAAAGUGAAAAAAUGAGAACUAAAACGGCCCCCGAUGCCUUCGACACACAGCUGCAGCGGAUUGGGAAGAUAGGAUAUCUUAAUCGUAUAAUCUACAUGCCUCCAAAUACAAUAUUUAGAGUAAAUUAUUGUGUGGGUGCCCUGUGAAAUAAUUGGAUUCUGAAAUAACCCUUGAGAAUCCAGACGAAAGGGAUGAGUCUGAUGAAGCUGCUGCUGAUGAUGAUGUUUUCUAGUUCUUUAAGUCAUUAAAACGAUAUAAGAAUAUUCCCCACUCCCAAACACACGCAACACACACAUACAUAUAUACGAUCUUACAUAUAUAUAUAUAUAUAUAUACAAACAUAAUAUAAAUAAUAUAUUUAACGCUUACAUUAUAGAACUUUAUCUCUUGUCGCCUUGGCCGAGACAACAAGAAAGCGAAAUUCAUUUUUCAUCCAAGCUGUGGUCCUCCGCCCCCUCUCCUCAUCCCCUCACUCACACGCCCAUGCCCUAAACCCCUCUUCCCCGCCUCUGUCCCGCACUCACAUGAAAUGUCGUGUUUUUUUGUAAUCGUAAUUGUUAUAUAUUAUCUAUGUACAUGAAGACAGCAUAUAAAAUAUUGAUUCACUUAAGUAUUCACAUUUUUAGAUACAUUUUUUCGUUUCUGUUUGCUUGCAUAUUAAAGUUAUGUUACGAACUAUUUAAAACUAAAUUGAAAAUGGAUAACGACGAUCUAUAGAUGUGUAUUUGAAAUUCAAGCAAAACUUAUGAUAAAUUCAAAAAUAAAUAUAAAAUACUUAUAGAUGUAAA